ACAACGCGCGCUGAGCUAAACGUGCAUGGGUAGCGAAAACAACGUCAGUUCGGCCUUUCGUACCAGUAUUUUGUUCAGCGUUAUUGCUCUUGUCAUGAACGGAUUCACGCACAAUCAUCGGUUUAUAAGGAAAGGAUAGUAGGCUUUUGUUGCUCUCUGUUGUGUUCUGAGUGUCCUGAAGGAAAACGGUGGCAUCUUUCCGCGCCCGGUACACAGAAUCACGAUGGAUGUCCGUCGUCCCAAACAAGGCGAGACUGACGAAGAGCUUAUUCGCUUGCAAGAAGAGUUUCUGCAAAGCGGCGAGAAACCAUCGGUCUAUGUGGCUCCAGCUGAACGAAUAUUCGCGAACCCAAAGCAAAGACGCACUCAGUCGCUGAUCCAAACGAAACCACCAGUGUUUGUGAUCGAAUACCGCCAAUAUCUACGUCAAAUGCAAGCGAUAAAUCACCUGAGGUGGUGCAUGUGCAGCUGGACUCCAUACUGUGUGAUGUCAUUGAGCGCAAUGUUGACAAAGAUGUUAUCAGGCCUCCAACACCCACAGUGGUGCCAUUUCCAGAAUCUACUAGAGUUUCGGGCACUGCAUCACAAGGUCGCAAGAGCCUUUUUGCAUCAAGGUUCAAGAAGACGGUUGCGGCAGGGCACGAGGCUGAUACUUUAAAAUCGUCAUCUUCAACAUCACCUCCAGGCUCAGCUCUGUCGAAGGAUGAUUAUGAGGCCAUGCACGCCGAAAACCUUGGACGGUUGGCUUCCAUGUCGCACGAGGAGAAAAUGAAAGCACAAAAGGAGCUCCUUUCUAAGCUAGACCCUUCCACGGUGGCAUUCCUGCGAUCUCGACGGAAACUUGCAAACUCUGGUAGCUCGAGAAAGGAGCACGUAAAGAUGGCUUCCGGCGAUUGCGUUCCUGGCUCGAAAGAUGAUGUACAUAUUGAUGUUUUGUCUGGGACAAAGCAACAGAUGCUAGAGAGGACCAAAGCUUCUGAACAAAAGAUUAACGUGCCGGAGGGGUCAGCUGCUGACACCUCCGAAGCAGCUGAUGCCCAAGUGCCGCCAUUAGAUGAAGAGGAGCUGCCAAUCAAGCCAUCGGAAGCAGCCCAAAAGUGGGUUCACAUGGAUGAUGUGGAGAAGGACAAGCUGCAAUGGAUGACCAUGCUACCACCGGUCAAAGCCCCAAAUCCCAAGGAUGCGGCCGCACCGUGUGUCGGGCGAUUUGACUUUGACGGCGAGCUGGUUCCUCCCGACCAGGAAGUGCCCGUUCACCGGGGCUUGCAUCACCACGGCGAUAAUCCCGAGAUGGCUGGCUACAGCACCGCAGAAAUCCUGAGACUCCUGCGAAGCCAGGUGCGCUCGCAACGUCUGUUGGCCCUCCAGCUGCUGGAGCGUAUGCUCACAAAGCACUGGCUCGGUCAUUACGUGGGAAGGUUGGAAGGAGGUGACUUGCUGGCGCAGCUUCUGCAAUCCGGACUGGGGCCCCUCGUACGGUCGGCGCUUGAUGACCGAGCAACGGUGGAUGCUGCAUUGGCGGUGCUCCAAGCACUGCUGAUUUCUCAGCCGGAACAGGCGUUGUUCAGCCGGGCAUUCCUCUGGCGGCACGGUCAUCGUUCGUUUUUUCUUCGGCCAGCCACGGAACUUGUAAACUCAAGCGAAAUUUCGGACGUGGAUUUGUCACAGAUAGACCUCGUCCAGGCGCUUCUGCGGAUGGACCUCUUGCAACGACUGUAUUACGUCCUCAAGAUGUUUCGGCCUGGAGCCAGCUGUGUUGCAUCCGCUCUACUCGUUAUGGCAAGGCUGGCAAGGCACUCCACGGAAGCUGCGACAAAGAUCCUAAAUCACCCAUACCUGAUGAACCUUAUUUUUGAAGAGUUUUUACCAGAGCACUGGAACUCUCCUGCUGUCAUCAAGGGCAAGAUUGCAGAAGCCUAUGGGAACCCAAUGUGGCCAGCUCUCGAGUUGGUUCGAACGAUUGCUGCUGCUGGAAAAGAACUGGCAGACACGCUGAUGCAGAGGCACAGACUGGAACAGUGCUUGGCUGCUUACUUGGCUUUAGAGCCGAGUGCCAGCCAAUUGCCGACCACGGACUGCCUCAACCUGGCCCUGGAAGCAUUGAGGACGUGGCGCAUUCUUCUCACUUAUAGUUUGGGGGGAGAAUUGUGCAUGGAUCUGUACUCUGUGAUAGCAAGGAGGUUGCAGUUGUUCUCAGCCCUUGACUUGGACGGCGUGCCCUUUGACCUCGAGUACGGUGCCCACCUCCUUCACUGCCUGGCCGUGUUACCCACAGACACUGCAAGGUCUUGCCUGGCUGGCCUGGGUGUUGCACUGAACAUGGUGUCUAAGCGUUGGCUUACUCUCCUUGCUAGGGCAACCGAUCUUCGUUCAGUCCAGAUGGGAGUGUACACUGUCGCAGCCAUGUUGCACUGCCUGUCCUCGAUGUGGAAACUUGGUGAAACAACUGACACCAGUGUUGUGGGCACUGUCCUACUGGUUCUCAACUCCCAGCUUGUCACCUUGAUGACCUCACAGCUCAGGAGUUUCUCAUUGUUACUAUCUGAAAAUGAAAGAAGCCAAAUGCAGUCGGAUUCCAGUUCCAGCCAGUGCCUUCCAUGUGUUGCCUCUGAGGAGCCCAUUCCUUGUGAGGGUUGGGAUAUGGCUUCCUUUGAAUUCCUGGCUUCCGUGGCCAGACUCAUUCGCAAAAUGGCCACCAAGUCAGAAGCUGGCAAGAGUGAAGAACUUUCCGUGGCAAUGACCAGGCUCCUCUGCAAUGCUAAUGUGAAAGCCUACUUGGAGCAGCUCUGUUCUCAAGCCAAGCACUGGACUCGGAGGUGCAGUCAGCGAUGGCUUUGCCGUCCGGAGUUCAACCUGCUGUUUGAGUUGCUACUUCUUGCAGCGUCUGAGACUUUAGAUGAGGAUGAUGCUGCGCUAUACCAUGAAGUGUCGCUCACGCUUCUGUGUACAAGUGCCCCAGGCUUUGAACAUCAGUAUCUGGAAGUUCUUGAGGAGGUUGCUUUUGCCGGAAACCUCGCUUGCUCGCAGUCCAGCCAAUCGGAGACGCUGUCGAUAGAGGACGUUUCAGCGAGUGAGAUAGAAAGCAUCACGGGGUGCUCCAUGCCUGUCGCCGCCAGUGCCAAGCUCGACAGUGCUGCGUUGUCAGACAUCAAGGCUGCCUGUUUGAAGACUCUUGAAACAAUCCUAAGGCAGAUCAACCAAAGCUCAGCGGUGUCCCUAACGCUGAGAAUGAAGCCCGCGUAUUCGUAUGACUGGCUUUACGUCCCGUUGCACAGGCUAUGCGCUUUGGAGGAAAUAACAAAAAACUACGAUCGUGGUCAUGUCCUGUCCUGCUUGCGCUGGGCCAUCCACCUGCUCGGCGCAAGGCACCACUUCAUGCGAACGUUCCCACCACUGGUUCAUUUCACCCGUCUAGCAUCAGUAUUUUUGGCCGGUCCUGAGCUGUUCCUAGACAUGGAGGUGCAGGGCGCCAUGUUGCGGCUUCUCCAGCUGCUUGAGCAGACAAAGCUGCUGUGCUGCACGCAGCGCCACCUGGAUCUGAACCACUGGCCAGGACUGCCAUCGUUCUCAGAUUUUUAUCUUCAGCUUCUGGAGGCAUACGUCGGCGAGUCCUACGGAGACCAAGUGUUUGCCUCGUGGCUUCUGGUUCCCCUGCAAGGAGCGUGCGACCCCCACUUCCGCAAGCUUCUCUUUGCCGAGAACCCGGAGGCCCUGGCCAUGACACGCUUGAGGCCAGAACAGUCUGUUGUGCCUAUAUCUCGCUUCCUGGAACCACCUGAGGAAAAUGCAAUUGUGCUUGAGACUUACCUGAAACUCUUACUGUCAGGGAAAUUAAAUUCCACCAGAAGCCCACUGCUACACACCAUAGCUGAAGAAAGCGUGGCAGGGUUUGUGCACAACACCGCUUCGAGCCCCUUCAAAGUCCAUCUGCUUCAAGUUCUCUCACAUCAUCAGAAGAAGGAAGCUACCAAACGCAUCCUGCGUUGGACACGUGCGAAAACAACAUUCUAGGACAAUGUCGCAGUGCCAUCGUGCAAGCUUGCCGUCCCAUCACAGCGACCACCUCCAAGUUAUGACCAGCACAUCUGUGUGAUUCGACGACCUGUGAAGCUUGUGGUUGUGUGCACUGCAACUUUCGAAAGGCAAACGAAUCUGUACCUGUCGAGCGUUUUCAGUCGUGAAUAACAGUGCACCGCUUGGAAGUGUUUUAUUCCAUCGUUUUUUUUUUUUUAGCAUUUCACGACAAGCGUGCUCAGACCAAAGGAACCAUCUUUGUUUUUCAUUCAACUCUAUGGCAUGUACCCACUCUGGGGGAUUUGCCAUGAAUGUAUCGUUGAAAAUUUCAAAGAGUAUUAGAUGAAAUAAUAAAAACAAUCUUUCAUUCUU